CAAGUCACUAUUGCAAACAUUAGGUGGAGUGCGAGUUUGGCCUGAUUUGUAGCUUGUAUAUAUGGACUAUAUGUGAUAAUGGGACAAUUCAGUCAGGUGGUGAAGCUGAUUAUCAUGACUGUAGCCAUUGCUGAUUACGGUAACUGCCUUCGUUGUCUUUGCCAGUCAAUGAUAAACGGAGUGCCAACUACUGACCCACUACCAGAAUGCGACGGCAACGCUACCUGUACAAUCCCGCAACUACCGAACGGUGACCCCAGCGGACUGUGCUACAAGAAGGUGGAGGUUGUUGGAAGUGGAGGCGCGGUGAUUCUCACAUACUCCUGUGCAGAUCUGAACCUCCACGGGCUCCAGGCCAACCCCAAACUGUGCGCGGGAACCGAGAUAUCUCGCGAGCAAUACAAGGAAAUUGUCUGCUGCUCAGGGCCCGACUACUGCAACGCUGAACUUUCUCUGCAGGCCAAGUCUCGCAGCCCAGAACUUUCUCCCAACACUGCCAACCACAGCUCCGACACAACCAAUCAAAACGGUAGAGUGCAUAACUGUUCGCUAGUGAAAGUCGGCCUAAGUCUAACACAUGAACUUGAUGAUUGUUACCGCUUUCCCUAUGUUAUAGUUCACAGCUUGAUUUGCCACUGCAAACAGUUCAUCAACGUAGAGCUACCAUCACUCCCUCCCGGCUGUUAUCCCAAUGGUACAUGUGCGACAGAUACCGGACAGUGCUUUCUCGAAUUGAAGAUUACUAAAUUAGGUGGUCACAAGAGAUAUACGUAUAACUGUGUUGAGGACAACCCCGAUGAUCAAGUAUAUAGAGUUCAUGCUACGUGUACUCUGAACGUUCCCAGUGCCACACAAGUUGUCCUCUGUUGCAACAGUACUAAUUACUGCAACAAAGACCUCAAUCCUGACGACAGACUACUCACAGACCCUUCCAUGUCUCCCGCCCCUUCACCACAGCUCACUGAUGAGAGCCCAACCAAUCAAGGACCAGACGUAGGGCUGAUCUGUGGGAUUGCGGCCCCGUUAUUUGUCGCAGCCGUUGUUCUCAGCAUGACCCUGUUCCUCAUCUGCGUCUACUACCUGCGGAGACGCAAGCUCGUGGGGGAGCGGAACCGCCGCGUCCCGCAGGGAAUGAAAGAGGCCAGGCCCACGGGGGAAAUGGAGCUGAUGGACAUGACGGUUACGUCGGGGAGCGGCUCCGGCCUCCCCUUCCUCAUCCAGCGCACCGUCGCACGCACCAUCAAGAUCACCGAGCUCAUCGGGAACGGCCGCUACGGCCAGGUCUACCUCGGGUACUACCAGGGCGAACCGGUCGCCGUAAAGAAGUUCUUUUCGCGCGACGAAAAGUCGUGGUGUCGCGAAACGGAGAUCUACAACACGCUGCUCCUGCGUCACGACAACAUCCUGGGUUUCUUUGCGAGCGACAUGGUGUCCAACAACGGUGUCACAGAGCUGUGGCUCAUCACGCAGUACCAUCAGUUUGGGUCUCUGUACGACUUCCUCAUGCAGGAGGCCGUCUCCCCCAAAGUCAUGCUCCAGAUGGCCAUAUCGAUGUGCAGCGGGCUGGCUCACCUCCACACGGAGCUGUUUGGGACCCAGGCAAAGCCGGCCAUCGCCCACCGAGACAUGAAGACAAAGAACGUCCUGGUGAAGAACAACAUGACGUGUUGCAUUGCCGACUUUGGUCUGGCCGUGUUCAAGAACAUGAACGAGAUGAACAUUCCCACGAACCCCAAGCAGGGCACGAAGCGCUACAUGGCGCCCGAGAUUCUGAACGAGACCGUCAACAUGAAAUCGUUUGAGUCGUUCAAACAUGUCGAUGUGUAUGCUCUGGGACUCAUCCUCUGGGAGCUGUGUCGACGAUCUACCGGAGUCAGCGGUGUGCCAGAGGACUACGAGGUCCCGCUGCAGGGAAUGGUGCCCCCUGACCCCAGUUUCGAGGACAUGCGGAGGGUCGUGUUGCUGCGUGAGAUGACCAAGGUGAUGAGAGAGUGCUGGUACUACACCAGUACCGCCAGACCCACUGCAGUCUACCUCAAGAAGAAGCUCCUCAAGAUGUCCCAGGAGCUGGAGAAGAUGAACUAUGGCGACCAUGACAUCCAGCAAGCCACAUAACAUUACAUAAUAGCUAAACUGACAUUCAUACUCCAGUCUGUCUGCAAACAAUUUUAAUCGCUUCAUUAUUAUCAUCUCAUUGUCAGUGAGCAUUGUAAAUGGACUUAUCAAUCAUUUAGAGUUGUAUAUAAAAUUAUACCGUUAUUUUACCGUAGAGCUUAUUACGCAUGCGCACGACAAGCCGUUUGCGCAUGUGCAAAACAGCA